CAAGCUUAAAGAAGAGGAAAAGUGACGAUUGAAAAGAAACAAUGAAGAAGUUCAUAAACGAAUUCAAACCGAUCUCAAUCUCAAUCACUUCUCAACUCAUCAAAACUAAUCCAGGAAUCGGAUCACAACCUACUUCAAAUCAUUCUCGUUCAUUUUCUCAUUUCACUUCAACAUCAACUCAAGCCCAACGUCGUCAUAAACCCAAACCCAACCCAUCAAUCCAACCCAACUCAUCACCGAAUCCCAAACUAAUCUCAGCAUUAAGACAACAAGUGAUCACCAAUGCAGACACGACUUAUGAAAGCUUACCAUCCGUUACAUCAGGUUUCGAUCAAAUCAAACUCAGCAAACCAUCUACAUUCUUUAAAGCUCGUUUACACCUCAGUUCGUUUCCAAAGAUCGGACUAAAGAUCACCAGACCUGCAAAAGAUACUCAAUCCUAUGGUCUAAACUUUGGUGUCAUGCCUCGUCAAAGUCUUUCGGGAGAAGACGUUUCCGAAUCCUUGUCUACUUCAGGUUUACAAGACCAAUUAAGUUUAGUAGAUCGAACUCUUUUAAAACAUCAAACCAAACAACCUUCAUCAAAUAAACCAGAACCCAAGAGUUUGGUUAGAUCGGGUCCUAAAACCGGUUUCGGUUCUACAAAUCAUGAUCCUAGAAUCCAUAAAGCUUCUACUACUCUUUUACCAAUCUCUCAUAAAAAACUUCAAAAACUAGCCGAUCUCAUCAACCGAUAUCGAAUGACAGUUGACGAAUCUGUCUUACAACUUAAGUUUAGUCAUAAGGCUGUGGCAAGUAAAGUGUUAAGUUUGGUAUUAGAAGCUAGAGAUCAAGCUGUUGCAAGAGGAAUGAAACGAGAGAAAUUAGUAGUCUCUGAAGCAUGGGUCACCAAAGGCUUUCAUACUACCGAACUUCAAGUAAGAGCACGUGGAAGGCAUGGUCAAAUCACUCAUCCGACAUCUAAGUUUUGUUUGAUCUUGAAAGAAUCUGAAUCGAGGUUCGAAUUAAAUAAGAAAUCAUUAUAUAAAGCAGCACAGAAAAGAGUUAAACAGAAAGGUAUCAUUCCAGGUGGUUCUUGGAGAUUACCGGCUGAUGGGGUGGUGCCUACUAGCAUGGCUUACCAAUCUACUUGGGCUUGGUAAAUUGUUAAGUCAGUUUAAAGAUCACUCGGCUUGGAUUUUGUUACAUAGUUAAGAAGUAUGAAAUUCAUAUUAACAUUAAAGCUUGGGU